UACAAAACAAAUACUAGAGAUAACUAUGAAUAUUAUCCAUCCAAAAACCCUUUUAGGUCUAAUUAAAGGCUAAAGAACAUGAUUGAAAUAUCGUUUUGAAGAUCAAAGCUUGAAAUUUUCAUUUAAUCGAUCGGUUUGUUUUAGACAUCAUGUUUAGCACUUCCUUAUUGUCACUAAAUACCAUCAAGUGACAAUAAGUUGGAUUUGGGAAAUAUAUCCGUUUGACUUAGAGAUUUAUUAGUCAAUGCAAUGAAGAAAAGAAGUCGAAAAAAUGAAAGCCAACGGUGCCAAAAGUAGAAAACGGAGGUUUACCAACCCCAUCGAUUCCUCAGCCGAGAGGCAAAUAAUUGGAGGUUUUACGAUAAUUUGAUCUGUGAUUAUGAUGCCAACAAGCGACCGUAUGAGCUUACCGGUAUCAGAUCCUUCUCCUCAGCAAAGAGGCGGCGCCGCCGCCGGCGAACAGAGGCUCUUCAAAGGAUCCACCAUGACCUCCCGCGGCGCUUACGCUGCCGUCUCUUACAUGUCUUGCGCGGUGAUGCUUGUAUUGUUCAACAAAGCAGCUCUUUCAUCAUACAGUUUUCCAUCUGCAAAUGUCAUCACACUAUUUCAGAUGAUAUGCUCAUGUUCUUUUCUUUACAUCUUACGCCGAUGGAAAAUCAUAUCUUUUACUUCAGGUGACACGUCAUCAUCAUCAUCAUCAAUCACUGACAACUCAAACUCAACAACAUUCUUAUCACUUCAGACAUUGAUCCAAACUUCACCUCUUGCUCUCACUUAUUUGCUUUACAUGCUAGCUACUAUGGAGUCUGUAAGAGGAGUGAAUGUGCCAAUGUACACAACUCUUAGAAGGACAACAGUUGUAUUUACAAUGUUUGUGGAGUUUAUAUUGAUUGGUCAAAAGUAUAGUCGUUCUGUAAUUGGAAGUGUAGGUUUGAUUGUAUUUGGUGCUUUUGUUGCUGGAUCUCGGGAUUUAUCAUUUGAUGCUUAUGGAUAUUCAAUUGUCUUCUUAUCAAAUAUCACAACAGCAAUAUAUCUUGCUACAAUAUCUCGAAUUGGGAAAUCAAGUGGGUUAAAUAGCUUUGGCCUUAUGUGGUGCAAUGGAAUUUUAUGUGGGCCCGUUCUUCUGUUUUGGACAUUGAUACGUGGUGACCUUCGGAUGACUAUGGAUUUUCCUUAUCUUUUUGCCCCUGGAUUUAUGAUUGUGUUGCUUCUAUCAUGUAUGCUUGCUUUUCUUUUGAAUUACUCUAUUUUCCUCAACACAACUCUCAAUUCAGCAGUCACACAGACAAUCUGUGGUAAUUUGAAGGAUCUUUUUACAAUUUCAUUAGGGUGGAUGUUUUUUGGUGGGCUUCCAUUUGAUCUUUUGAAUGUUAUGGGCCAACUUCUUGGAUUUAUUGGAUCGGGUUUAUACGCCUACUUCAAACUCUUUGGGAAGUGACAUGCUCAAGAUUCUAACAUGCCUAAUUAUUUCUAUAAGUUACUUGGUUUUUGCUUUAAAAUGGUAUAUAUAUUUCAUUCAACGCAUUAGAGUAAAAUAUAUAUAUUUAUUUCGAAAUUUUGAACACUUUUUGGACAUGAUAUACGGCAUGGAUUAAAUGAGUGGUGAAGAUGUAUUAAAAACAAAGUUAAGGAUCGUUUAAUAGUUGUUAACUGGGUGAGCUGACUUGGUUAGA